AUGUUUAAAGCAAUUUAUAAUUUCUUUUUUGACUAUUUAAAACUAUUUAGUGGUAGAGAUAGCAGAAUUUUAAUGCUUGGUUUAGAUGGUGCUGGUAAAACUACUCUUUUAUAUAGAUUAAAGAUUGGAGAAGAAAUAUCUACAAUACCGACAAUUGGCUUUAAUGUUGAAAGUAUAACACAUAAAAAAGUAUCAAUGAUGAUUUGGGAUAUUGGAGGUCAAACUAAAAUUCGUGAUCUUUGGAGACAUUAUUUUUAUAAUUCCAAUGGAUUGAUCUUUCUAAUUGAUUCAAAUGACCGUGAAAGAUUAGGAGAAGUAAAGGAAUCAAUGGAUUAUUUAAGAAGCCACGAAGAACUAAAAAAAACUCCAUUUUUAAUAUUGGCAAAUAAACAAGAUAUUAAAGGUUGUUUAUCUUUAGAAGAAAUAAUAGAGGCAUUAGAAUUAGAAAAUUGUAAAGAAAGAAAAUGGUAUAUUCAAAAGUUAUGUGCUAUAAAUGGAGAAGGUGCUUAUGAAGGUUUAGAGUGGUUAUCAAAGAAUAUGUAUUAA